AUGGUGGUGAUGACGCGGAGCCGAAGUCGCAUGAUGGCGGAAGCAACGGCGGAGUCACUGACUACGAUUCUACCGGAGGAAGUGAUGAUUGAAAUCCUUAAUAGGGUUGAAUUGAACGAUACUCUACAAUUGAGGUGUGUUUGCAAAUCAUGGAAAUCGCUGGUUCUUGAUCCUCAAUUCAUGAAGAACCACCUUCACAAAUUGCUCAAUGAUAUCACCGUUCAAUUUUCUAAGGCCAAGGAAUUCUUCAACGCUUUCAAAUCGCAGCAUCGUAUAAAUAACCCGGUCAUGCCUCAAGAACAAGUAGACGAUGACGAAGACGGUGAAGAAGCAGCACAAGAAGAUGCUGCUGCUGUUGACAAUGUUGCCGCUGAAGAUGAAGAAAAAGAAGAGAAAAAAGAAGAAGAAGAAGCUGAGAAACAUUGUUUGGUGACUGCACUUGCUGUGUUGGAUGGUAUUUUGGUAGAUGUUCUUUCUCUCAAAGGGGAUUUGAAAUUUAUCAACCUUGAGACGCAAAUGCAACCUGUUGAGGAUAGAUUGAAGUGUCUCCGAAGCUUUAUGCGAAUUUAUCUCAAGUCAGAAACAUCUUCAUCUUCUUCUGAUUACUCUCUUUUGAAAUGUUGCAACUGA